AUGACUCAGGGCAAACCAGACUCAAUUCCCAACUCGAGGAAAGUAUGGACGACACUUAUUACCAAUACUAAGUAUCUUUCAGGACUUCUAACUUUAGAAUACGCUUUACGAAAGGUUGGAAGCAAGUAUCCAUUAUUGGUGUUAUACACAGAAACUUUUGAACAAGAGGGCCACGAAGCUCUAGAUAACCGAGGCAUUCACAAAAAACGGAUCGAAUACUUACUUCCAAAAGCUCAUAAAGAUUAUCAAAAUGAUGUGAGGUUCUACGACUGCUGGAGUAAACUCCAACCUUUCUCUCUUUUUGAGUUUGACAGGGUCGUUCAACUUGACAGUGAUAUGGUAGUUGUUCAGAAUAUGGACGAACUCAUGGAUCUACAGCUUAAUGAUGAGACGGCAGUAUUUGCCGCUUCUCAUGCCUGUGUGUGUAAUCCUUAUAACAAGGCCCACUACCCAUCCAACUGGCACAAGGAAAAUUGUGCUUAUACGAGUUAUAAGCCAAUUGCCCUUGAAGAUAAAACUCAGGCUCAUCAUAAUCAUGUUGUUGGUCCAUCUUCAAAAACUGGCUUGGGUAUCUGCAAUGGCGGUCUACAAGUGGUUAAUCCGUCUCCUAAAAACUAUAACAAGAUUGUCAAUGCACUUGAAAACCCAAGUCUGACUUCAAGUUAUGAUUUUGCAGACCAGUCACUAUUGUCUGAUGUAUUUGAAGGCAGAUGGCUACCGCUGUCGUACAAGUAUAACGCUCUGAAAACGCUUCGUACCAUUCACAGAGACAUUUGGUCUGAUGAUGAGGUUAAAAAUGUACAUUAUAUUAUUACACCCAAGCCAUGGGAUGUGAGAUCUCUCCCUGACCGUGAUUCACAUGAUGAUACUGGUACUUUUCAUUUUUGGUUCAAACUCGACGAUGCCCGAUUAGCAGAUGAAAAGUCUGCUGGUAUUUACGAUGGCUUUUAG